CCUGCUCCCCCCACCCCGAAGGGAGAAGCCAGUUAUCCUUUUAGCAGCGGCGGCGGCAGCAAACAUGAUGGCGGCAGCUCCCAUCCAGCAGAAUGGGACCCAUCCUGGGGUACCCAUAGACCUGGACCCGCCGGACUCUCGGAAAAGACCACUUGAAGCUCCCCCUGAAGCCGGCAGCACCAAAAGGACCAACACGGGCGAGGACGGCCAAUAUUUUCUAAAGGUCCUCAUACCUAGUUAUGCGGCUGGAUCUAUAAUUGGUAAGGGAGGACAGACAAUUGUUCAGCUGCAGAAAGAGACUGGGGCUACCAUCAAGCUUUCUAAAUCCAAAGACUUUUACCCAGGUCUGCUAGUGAAAAUGUUCAGCUGGACAAAUAACAACUUGGGGGCAGGAGCACAUUGGAGCUGACGCGAUCCUGCCAACUACUACGUUUUCUGGGACGUUGAAAGAACUGUCAACCCUACAUAAAAAAAAAAAAGUUUUUAUUUUUUAAUUAUUAGUGAAAACUAUUCUGCAAAUUCAAGAAAAAUGAUAUUUCUUUGUAGUUGCUUUAAAUCACUAUUAACCUGGAGAUAGCUACACGAGCUUGAUGAUAACAAUCGUAUGAUGAUCAUUGUAAUUUAUAAACACUGAAUAUCUUAAAAGAGGUUUAUAUUUCAGGAUGAAUUGGAACAAAAAUAAUAGUGUAUGUACUGUGCGCAUUUUGAAUCCACAUGCAUAAUUAUUGUAACAACAUUGCCAGUUUUGUUAACCUAUUUCAAAAAAAUCUAAUUUGGAAACUCUGAUAUAGACCUGAAGCCAAAUUAUAAUUUUAUAGGUUUUUUUUUUAAAAAAAAAACAGAAUAAGAUUAACUUACACUUCACUGCUUUCAAAAUGCUGUACUAUUUUCUUUUUCUUGGUAACUACAGACUGUUCCAUAGUGUUGCUUUCUGGCUAGUGUGUUUUUAAACUACACUCCCAAAUGUAUUGACUGGUGAUAAUUUCUCACAAAGUUAAAUGGAAUUUUUUUGGAUAACGAGAUUGCUGCUUCUUGUUAUGUCAAAACCCUAUAACGCAUUAAAAAUAAUCAAUUGGGAAUAAAUACCAUUCCUGCUUCAAGUAGUAUCUGAAACUAUUAUUGGAUUCGGAAAGUUGCUGGAAUUGUAUUUUGGCCUUCUGUAUGAGCUGUGUUAUGCUAGUUUAAUUAAUUAGUAUGUAACCCACUUGUGCUCUGGGUCAUUUCUGCCUGUGCUGAGAAAAAUCAAAUACCCUGGACAAUUUUUGUUUGACUGAGGAAUGUUGGGUAAAAAAGCAGUUCAAUUAAUUGUGAUUGAUGUUACAUCUAUACUCAAGAUUAGGUUACCUAUAGUCACCUUUUAAUUAAUGGCUUAAUUAAACAGAUAAAUUGGAAAAAUACAAUUGUAUUCAGAAGGAUAAUAGAAAGGUUAUCUGAAACAUUUUUAAUAGUGCAGUCUUAUUCAAAUGUAAGUUGCAUGGAAUUCAGUGGUACUGUCUUUUAGGAAAGUGACUAUAGAACUGUAGCCUAAUUUUGCAAUCCUAAAUCUACUAACUUCUGAACAAAAUAGUUCUACAUAUCUGCUUAAUUGAAUGUGUCAUCCUUUUAAGUGAGGGGUGAUAUAUUAAAUAUUAAGUGUAUGCAUUGACAUACUUAUUAAAUAAUCUGUAUGCAAGAUUAAAGUGUUAGUAUGCUUUAUUUUGUCAUCUCAUAUCUACCUAUGUAAAUAGAUUGUAAGCUCUUUGUGGGCAAGUUUUAUUGGGCCUUUUUAAGCCUUGUGGAGAUUCUUCUUACUAUUAGGCUAGAAAGAUUUUUAUCACUUUCUUUUUCUUUAUACUUAUAUAUUACAUUUUGGAAUUUGUUACAGAGCCACUACAUUAUUGUAUAUAAUUAAAACUUUUUUUUUGCUUUAAAAUAUUCAAGGCACUAAUGCACA